AUGGCUAUAUUUACUUCUGGUGUACUCAUAUCAUGGAUACCAACUUUUGGAUUAAUUAAUAUUAUGGAUACAUAUACGAUACCAAGUUUUGGAUUAACUAAUAUUAGGAUUAGUUUAGAGUUAGAGAAGUUUAUAUUAAGUAUGAGUGCUCAUGAAAAACAUAAACUUUUAUAA